UUUUAUCGUGUGUACCUCUCUCACGCCCUCGACGCUAACUAUUACUCCCGUGGAUACCCGAGCACUUCGUAACACCUUCACUUCUUUCGGAUCUCAUCACCAUGAUGACUACCCUGGCUUGUUUGGCUGCCCUCGUGGGCGGAGCGUCGGCCUUCACGGCGCCGAUGCCCAUGCACCGCGCUGCACGAUCCCCCGCGGGCGCUCUCAGCAUGGCGAACAGCAAGGCGAUCCCCUUCAUGCCGCAGCCGGAGAACUUGGACGGGACGAUGGCUGGGGACAUCGGCUUCGACCCGCUUGGCCUCUCGAAAAUCGACAUCGACUUCAGCGAGUUCAUCGUGCCGGGGGCAGCCGUGAUGCGCGAGGAGGGGGUGGAAAGCGAAUCGCCAGUGGACACCCUCUACUGGAUGCGCGAGGCGGAGCUUAAGAAUGGCCGCGUCGCUCAGCUCGCAGUGGUGGGGUGGAUCUUGGUCGACCUGGGCUUCCGCUUGCCCGGGGACAAGUACGCCGCGAUCUCGCAGUCCGUCGGUGCGCACGACCCCAUGGUCGCGGCGGGCAACAUGACCGUCCUGCUGUUGGUUGUGUUUUUGCUGGAGAUGAUCGGGGGUGCCGCUAUUUUCGGCGCGGCCAGCGGGUCCGGCCGUCAGCCAGGAGACUUCGGGUUAGACCCGUUGGACCUCACCUCGAACCCCAGCAAGAAGGCAAGAUACGAGCUCAGCGAGAUCCAGCACUGCCGUUUGGCGAUGUUGGCCUUCGGCGGCAUCGCCACGCAGGCGGUUCUCUACGGCGGCAACUUCCCGUACACCGGCCUCUAAACAGGGGCGUGCGUGUGCGUCUGCUGGGCGAGAAGGUUGAAGCGCUGCCCCGUUUGCUGUAUAACCUGCAGGAUCGGGCCGACUAUAGAUGAAAGAUAGCCCGCCGGUUCAAGGCUCGGUGUGCUUGUUCGGUUUGUUACUGGCCGUCAAACUUUAUCACGGCUGCCGUGCUUUUGGGUUGCGGCAAAGAGCCGCUAUGGUGUGUAGUACGCACGCAAAUUUUGGGGGACCGGGCGGCGCGGACGAUUCCCCCUGUAGUGCGUCCGCAGACCUUUUCGCCAUUUUUUUCGGGCUAGAGUAUAUGGUGUCUUUUAUUUUGUGGGGAAGUCCAUGCCACGAUUUUUUCCAGCGCCGGUAUGCGGUCGUGGUGUAAGUGCGGCUCGUGUGAUACCCUCCGCGCGUAGAGUUUGAACGCCGUUUGGGGUGUGUCGCGUCUUGCACAUGCCUGACCAUCAGGCGUGGAACACUAGCAACCAGCGUUCAGCGGCGAAAGAUUUUGCCCGCAGAUCGGUGUAGCGCGGGCGCUACGCUGGGUUCCUCUCACUUAACUGCUGCUGCUUUUGCAAUGUGUGGUUGAGGGUUUCCGCACGGGCGGAAAUGAUCGUCGAUUGCACUAAUUACUGCGGAUGUUCUUUUUCGAAGCCCCUCCCCUCCGGUGUGUAAAGGAAGGGUUGAGUUGAUGGUCUCGCUUCCCCCUUUUGUUGCAGCUCGCAUGGCGUGACGGCUCCAUGCUCCAUUUGGCUCUUUAUCUCGCCAAGGUGUCGCGGUCAUUCAAUGAUUUUGGUGCCGUAUUUGCGGUGGGCUUCUCUGUGCUAGGAUCUCGCCGGGCGCGUGUUGUUGAUUUUCUGGCGUUAAACACGCGGUAGCGUGUGUCCAGGAGCAUGGGACCAACCAACUUGCCUGUUCCCACGGUAACUUUGAAGCGGGAUGGCGGUGGGGAGUAAAAGGGUCGUACGAGUCGGUAUUAUGCCAUUUUUGAGCUUUAAGCACGCGUCUGAACAGCUGACGGCACGCGUGUAACGAUGAUGUUGACGUUCCCCUUGCUCGCUUCGUUUUCUUGUGUGCAACGAUGUUGUUUGCGGCCGAUCGGCUCUUGAUCGGGCAUUGAGUGAUGACGUGAUUGGUUCGAACAAUCGGAGAACGGAUUCCAUCGGGCUCGCCGUUCUCUGGUCAAGAGAGUUGCCUUCGACACGCAAGCUUUUCCCUAAAACGCCGCUACAACGGUUUUUUUGCCGUCGCGCUUCGUUUGUCCCGGUCAAACCGAUCAAUCGGUUGACCAAAUCCACCAGUCCACACACCCCGGCCCGCCUUUCUGUGUUGACUACGCGCAAUGCGCCGUGGAGAUUGGAGAGGUUUUCAGUUUGGCGGGCCGGCGGUGCUUGAGCCCUCCCAAGUGUCUACAUGCGAAAGUACAUGACAUGACCUGCCGCGCCCAGCCAACGAAGAGCGGGUCAGCGGCUGCCUGGGACCUUCUCGAAGGCACACCGGCCAAUUGCCCACAACCUACCUUCGCCUAGGGUUUGGUGUAGUGUGGCCCGAGGCGUAGCGUGUCGGAGGCAGAGGGCUGGAAGACUGGUGUCCGCCUGUGUGUCCCGUGUCCAGUUCCAAGCUCCUCACAGCACCGUGCCGUUGUACGGGGCCGCGUGACUCUUGCUUUCGGUGCCAGCUCUGAAAAUCCCAAACAAGGGGCAGAGCCACGGGCAGGCUUAAUCGUUCCUCUGAGUAGCGGGGACUUCGAACCCUCGGCUGGUUGGUCUUGACGGCCUGCCCGCCUACAUAGCCGUAAGCUCAGACUGACCCUCUGAUCUACUUUCUAAUCCAGUCAGUGUGUCAAGGCAAAACACCGGCCUUGCCUUCGAGACCCUUUUCCGGCCUA